AUGAAUAAAGAAAGCUUUGUCAACAGUCACGUCAUCUCAGGAUUAGAGGUAGCUGCACUCAAUGGUAACAUCUAUAUUGAGUUGCCUGAUGUGUACACCCAACGCAAGAUGCCUGUGACUCGUAAUAACAUCCCACAACAGGAAGACUUGUAUGCUUGGCCAUACUUGGACUCUGUGGAAAUUCCUGCUAUCGAUGCUGAUGUGGAGCUGUUAAUUGGAACUAACUCUCCAGAAGUAAUGGAGCCAUGGGAAGUGAUAAACAGCAGGGGUAAAGGACCUUACGCUGUUAGAACCCUAUUGGGAUGGGUUGUCAACGGACCAUUGAGAGGAGGCAAUGAGAGUGGGAGUAGCUGCCCCACAGUCACAGCCAACCGCAUAUCCAUUGCUCACAUAGAGGAACUGCUGGUGAAGCAGUACAACCAUGACUUCAAUGAGAAAUCAGCAGAAGACAAGCCAGAAAUGUCCAUAGAAGAUCUUAAGUUCAUGCAAAUUGCCAACACUUCAGCUGAACUCAACAAUGGACAUUACUGCUUGAAGUUGCCUUUUAGAGAAGAGGACAAUGUUGUCAUGCCCAACAACCGCCAUCUUGCUGAGCAAAGGGUCCUCUGCCUAAAAAGGAAAUUGGAGAGAAAUCCAACAUUCAAAGAGGAAUACACCAACUUUCUUGAUGAUGUCAUAAACAACGGCUAUGCAGAGAGUGUGCCAGAGCAUCAGGUGAAAGGAAAAGAAGGAAAGGUGUGGUACAUCCCGCAUCAUGGGGUGUACCAUCCUAAAAAGAAAACCCUGAGAGUGGUAUUUGACUGUGCGGCAAGCUACAAAGGUGUGUCACUCAACACUAAACUACUCCAGGGACCUGACUUGACAAAUUCCUUGCUCGGAGUUCUCACAAGGUUUCGCCUAAACUCUAUAGCAGUUAUGGCUGACAUAAAAGCUAUGUAUCAUCAAGUCCAAGUGGCAAAACAGGAUGUAGACUUUCUUCGCUUCCUAUGGUGGCCAAGAGGUGAUCUGACACAGCCGCUCACUGAGUACAGAAUGACUGUUCAUCUGUUUGGUGCAAUAUCAUCGCCCAGCUGUGCCAGUUUUGCCCUUAGAAAAACGGCUGAAGACCACAAAGCAGACUUCCCAGUUCAUGUAACAGACACCAUCAAGCAGAACUUUUAUGUGGACGAUUGCUUGAAAUCCUUGUCUUCAGAGGCAGAAGCCAUGUCUUUGGUUACAGACCUGACCGCUCUAUGCUAG